GGCGAGAAGGCCGCGCUGGCAGCCCUGCGCGAGCGGCUGCUGGGUCAGCUGGCGGGCGAGCAGGACCCGCCGGCCGCACUGGCGCUGAUGGUGCCGCUGGCCUUCAUGCGGGUGGCAGGCAAGGCUGUCUCCCUCCCCGGCAAGUGUCUGGGCGCCGUACUCACCCGUGUGCAGCAGCAAGCCGAGGCGGCGGCGGGGGCGGGCGGGGCGGAGCUAGCGGCGGCAGCACGGGGGCUUGCUGAGCUGCAUGAGGGGGUGGUGGAGUACCUCCGGGCGCAGUCUGGGAGUUCUGGCGCCGCUGUCGACACGGGCGCGAUGCUGGAGCGGUUGAUGGCGCAACUGCCGCCCCUGAAGGCAGCUCUGGGGCUGCAGGUGGCUGCUGCGAGCAAGAGCGGCGCGGAGGCGGCAACUGCGGAGGACGCCUGAGCGAUUGAACCAGCUUGCCCAAACGUAUACUGGCUUAGGGUGCAUGGAAUUCCGCUACUUAGGUGUAGCUUUGUUUCAGGGCGCGAUGAUGUUUCCGUGUAACGUCGCUGCAAUGUCCAGGGCGUAUGCAUUUCCCUUGCGAAACGUCAUGCACAUUUUUGCAUCGAAUUGUUUGCAUGCAGCAGAUUUUUGGUACGGCGGGUACGACCGUCCAAAGGCGCGGUCCCGCCAUCCCUACAUAAGCGCAGCCCAUUUCCUUCAAAG